AUGGAGAAAACAAUGGACACAGAACAAGAAACAACAAAUAGCUUACUGAAACAAGUUUUGAAUGAAAUUAGACAAACGAGGGAAGAAAACAAGGUUUUUAGAGAUGAAAUACUAGAAUUAAAGAAAGAAAACAAUAAGGUAAAGACAGAACUCGAGGAAACAAAGAAAAAGCUAAAUAUUUUGGAAUUUAGGGUAGAACGGUGUGAAAAAGAAAUGAAGCAAAACAACCUAGUAAUAACGGGUCUCAAAAUAGAUGCGAAUGAUGAAGCUGAACUAAAAGAAAAAAUGACAAACUUCAUCAAACAGCACUUGGAAGAGAACACAAAAAUAGAGAAAGCAGUUAAACUGGGAGACAGAACUUGUCUAUUGAAAAUGGAAAGUAUAGAAGAAAAAAAUAAGGUAAUGAAGAAGAAAAGUAAAUUGAGACAUAUCAAAGGGGAGAAGAUUUUCAUAAGCCAAGAUAUGACAGUCUUAGAAAGAAAUAUUCAGAAAGAAAUAGGAGCAAAGUGUAAGGAAUUAAGAGACAUGGGGAGAAAUGUUAAAAGGGACUACAAUGGAUUAACCGUGGAUGGUAAUGAAAAAGGGAGAUGGAGAAAAGACGGUAAAGUAGAAACAUUCCCAAAAAACUAG